AUGAGUAUUUCUUCAGGGACAGAAUUAGUGCACGAUGAUUCGGAGAAAUGUUUACUACGAGAAGUGGAAAAUCUGCGGACAAACCAAAAGAAGCUGGAAGCCUGUUUGGAUAGAUGUAAAGAUCAGUUACGAAAUUGCAGAGCCUCGCAAAAUCAAUUAGAGUUGGACCUAAAGAACAAGGAGAGUGCCUUAGGGAUAGACACUGUUUGUCAUCACUUGCAUAAUCAGAGUCACGGAUUGCAAUAUUAUUCGGGAAUUGAGAAAUACGAUCCAUGUGUUUCAGAGCAAGAAACCUGGGCAGAUGCGGCGAAUAAGAUAGUCCAAAGAUCUCAAACGGAACGCAACAAGUCAUGUCAAUUACGCACCACUGCCGAAAGUCUCGUCAAUAAAGUUUCUCAAGAAAUGUGGAACACGUGGAGUACUACUAAUAAUGCUUUAACGCACAGAUCUUCCGAAUUACUUGAAGCUAAGAGCAAGCUUCAACAGCAUUUACAAAAGGUACAACAAGAGAUAUAUGAUGUGGAAAAGAACUUGGAAUUAAUGCGUAAAGCUAUCGCUGACAAAAGUUACGCGACUAAAGUCGCACACACGAGGUUGGAAGCGAGGAUGCAUCGGCCUGAUAUGGAGUUAUGUCGCGAUUAUGCUUACGUGAGCCUUCAGAAAGAGAUUGACGAGAUAAAUUAUCAACUUGAACGAAUGCAUAAGACGCUGAAAGAACUUGAAAAUCAACAUCAGAAAUUGUUAAGGACACGAACCAUGUUGGAGCACGAUCUCGCGCUUAAAAUCGAUGCGAUAUAUAUCGACAGAGAAAAAGUCUGCGGUCUUAGACGCGCGUAUCCUGUUAAUGCACUGUUUAGAUUUUAA